AAAUUCUUGUAGUUCUAGAUAAUGUUAGGCUAAGAAACCACACGCAGCUGAAUACAGUACUUUAACAAAACAUUUAAUUUUGCACAGAUUUUCCUUGAGAGAGAGGACUGGGAAUGAGAGAUGGAUUUUACUCUUGGUUCUGCUGCAGUCCUGGUGUAACAGAUAGCUUAAAAAUAACUCCAACUGACCAGCCUAUGAUUGAAAAAGCUCAAGGAGAGAAAGUUACGUUGCCAUGUAUGUUCACACUCUCACAAGAAGAUGAAGGCCCAUUAGAUAUCGAAUGGGUUUUAAUACCAAUAGAUAAUCAAAAGAAUGAACAAACUAUAAUUAUGUAUACUGUAGAUAGGGUCUAUAGUAAUUACUAUGAAGGCAUGCAUGGACGAAUGCAGUUUUCCAAUCCUGAUCCAAAAUCUGGUGAUGCCUCCUUAGAGAUUCUAAAUCUAAAGUCAACAGACACUGGCACAUACCAGUGUAAAGUGAAGAAGGCUCCUGGAGUUCAGAGCCAAAAAAUACAAUUGACUGUGCUUGUAAAGCCAGCAAGAACUAAAUGCUACGUUGAAGGAUCACAGGAAAUUGGAAGUGACCUGACCCUAAAAUGUGCAGCACAGGAAGGCUCCCCUCUCUUGUCCUACAGCUGGAGAAAACUUACUGGCACUGGCACAGAACAACUUCCGGCUACAUCUUUACUGAAUAAAAACACAGGAGAACUGUCUGUGAAAAAUGCCUCUCAGGAUAACUCUGGUACAUACAGUUGCAUUGUUUCCAACAGAGUCGGCACAGACGAAUGUUUUCUUGUGCUGAAUGUUACCCCUCCUGUAAAUGUAGGUGGCAUAAUUGCUGGAGCGAUUAUAGGAACAUUGCUGGGGCUCUGCUUACUGGCUUUUCUCAUAUCCUAUGCCUGUAAGAAGCACAGAGAGAAGAAAUAUGAAAAAGAAGUGCAUCAUGAUAUUAGAGAGGAUGUUCCCCCUCCAAAGAGUCGGACUUCAACAGCCCGCAGCUAUGUAGGCAGCAAUCGUUCUUCUCUGGGUUCAAUGUCUCCUUCCAAUAUGGAUGGAUAUACCAAGACUCCAUAUAGCCAAGUUCCAAGUGAAGACUUUGAACGUACCCCUGAACAAAAUCCAAACUUUGCAUCACCAAAGGUAGCUGCACCUAAUCUUAGUAGAAUGGGAGCGGUCCCUGUGAUGAUUCCAGCACAAAGUAAAGAUGGCUCCAUCGUAUAGAAUAGGGUUAAGUUUUAGUCCUUUUUUUAUUCAUUAUAAGUAUUAACGAAACCUAUCUUGUUCUACUUACAUUUAAAAUGCACAAAAUUUUCCAGGUAGAAAAUGAGCAAGCUAAUUUGAAUCUUCCUUUUUAAUUUCAAGCAUAGUCACAAACCUUCCUUUUAAAUUUCAAACAUAAAGGGUUUGUCUACACAUGCAUUUAUGCUGGCUUAAAUUCCUGCACAGUAAGCAGGAAUAGGCUGGCGUCAACACGUGCAGUCGUUAAAACACAUUAACGCUGUGUGUGGACUGAUAGGACUAAAGUUUUAGUCCGGAGUCAGUCCAUACACACAGCAUUAUUGCACGGUAAGGUGUCUACACAUGACUUACUGCACAGUAACUAAUAGGGCAUAAAUUUGAUACCUUUGUCAUGCAGGUAUCAAAUUUAUGCUCAAGUCAGUGUAAGUCGCCAUAUUUACUGUGCAGUAUGGGCCUGCAUGUGUAGAUGCGUGCUCGUACUACAUGGUAAUUUUGGUUACUGUGAAGUAAAUGCACACAUGUAGAUGCGCCCACAGUAUAUUAACAAAGCAUUGAUGUUCCCAGCUAGAUACCAGCACUGACCAUAAUUAAAUUUGUUAGGGUGCUGAAAAAAUAUUGUUAGGCUAAUGUGUGAUUCUGAGUAGAAAACAAAAUGCAGUGCUUUUUUUUUUUUUUUUUUUUUUUACAAGUGAUAAGACAUUCCAGCUGUACAGCAGAGGUUUGUUAUCAAUCUAGAGACUUUACUCUGUUUGGAGUGACUGAAAUGUUUUAACUCGUUUGGGCCACUCUUCUAUGAAAUCCACAAUAACUGAAAUAUGAAAUAAAUAUUUUACAAAAAGUGUGAAAAUCUUUUAACUUGAUUUGGAGCAUUUUCUGAAGUGCUGAAACUUAAUUCAGGGGCAAACAGUUGCAAUGAACUGAAGCAAUAAACUGAUAAACUUGACUUCAUUAGUUCCAACAAGUAAAAUUUAUAACAGACCUAGCAUGAUUUUUGAGAUCCUACGUUUAGUAAAGGAACAAGAACUUAUAGUCAUGCCAAGAAACUUAAACCUCAUUCACGUUUGCUGCCAUUAAAAAAGGCACUAUAAAUGUGUUACUCACAGAACCUAAUCUUUCAAAACUUCAGGUCAGCUGUUCCUGUCCCUUAAGCCAGAGUAUCAAGGUAUAUCCCACAGGCCAGAUCUGUGUGAAGCUGCUCUAUCCUGCCUGGUUACCAGCAGGCCACUGGAAGUGGGGGAGGCAUAGCCUGUCACAGGAUCCAGGGCUCUUAGGCUCCAGUGGAUGUGGUGAUCAGUGGCAGGAGGGAUGAUACAGCCCUAGUCACCCUUCAGCUGCUUUGUCUGUCGCCAGUGCCACGGCUGCACUUGCUCGUCCACUAGCCCCAUGCUGGACCUGCUGUAUACCCUGUGCUGGAGCUGGAGCUGCCACCACAGCACAGAACACAUGGCUCCAACCUGGAAUGGUGCCAGUGGUGGCAGCUCUGGCAUGGGGUGUGGUGCAUGUGGCCAGAGCUAGAGCUGCGUCCUGUGCCCCAUACUGGAGAGAUGCCACUGUCAUGUGGCAUUGGGUAGGAAUGAGCUGCUAUCGUAUACCGAAGGCUAAGUCUAGCCUGCAAAGAGCCUGCAAAGAGCACAGUGGGCUAGAUCCAUUCCAGGGCACAAGGUGAGGUUGGCACUCCUGCCUUAAGGAAUGGACACAGGUCUAUUUACAUCAGUUCUCAACCUGCAGCCCAGUUAGCACACUGCUGCUGCCCAUGUGACAUCCUGUUAAAACAUUUUUUUUAAUGGGUACAUAGGCAGUAAAUUGUGUGGCUGUAGCCCACAUAACACAUUGGAAGCUACAAGUGUGGCCCACCAUGGCAAAUAGGUUGAGAACUCUUGAUUUAGUACUACAUUAUUGUCAAGAUUUUCAAAACCUUGCGAUGACCUUUAAAACAACAGUUUCCUUCCAAAACAGUGGCCUGUUGUUUUUUCCCUCCCAAAGAUUUAAAUAUGCAGAAACUGUAUUUGACUUCAGUGAAUAGCUGUUAAAUAGUCAACUUUUGGUAAAAUCUGGCCUUUUACUUUGGAAUAUCAUUUUAGAAUACCGAUACCAAAUAGGUCAUUCCAUUCUUGUUGAUAGAAAUAAAGAGUUUUGGUAAAUUCUCUUUGCACUGUGGUUAUCUAAAAAUAACUUGUUGAGAUUUUUUUUUUUCUUGGUGAGGGGGGGGGGAGCCCAACAUUUUGCACCUCUUGCAAACACAGUGCUAUAGAGAAGUAAGUGCUUAUUUUUUUUCUCUUGGUUUCAGACCUACUAAACUACUCUUCAUGAAUUCUAAUAAUGCCUAUUGGGUAGUUGUAGAUAAUGAAUUUAAACUUUCAACCAGUUUGUGUUUUUGUGAAAGUGACAUUUUUCAUAACCGUUUCAUGAAUUUAAAACAUCAAUUGUAGAUAACAAACUGCCAAAUAUUUUAGUAAAAUGUAAAGGAAUAUAGUAUGCAGCACUAUGUCUGGUACUGCCUGUGUGAAAGAUACUAGAUAUAUCUCUGUAACUGUGUGAGAGAAAAGGUUUUUCAAGCUUAUAGGCUAUAGUGUCUUUUUUUUAAUUGACUAGAUCUGUCUGUGAUAAGCUUUUCAGCUCAUUCCUAAAUAUUUGUCCUAGCACUAAGUAGGUAUACUACUUUUGAUCUGGAUUGUUAUGUAGGGUACAUAUCCUUUCAUACUGAUUUUAGAGAGUGAAGUGGAUAUUAAGUAUUCUCAGUUUUUUGUAUACAAACUUCCUACAUUUGGGACAUCUUUUAAGGUUGUAAUCUUAUUGUUAGAACUAAGAGAUUUUCAUCUGUGCCUUUUCAAUAAACUUUAUGCCUGAUUGUAACUUAAUUUUUAAAUGAAAUUUCUGGUGCCUAAAUUACUGUUUGGACAGGUGCUUUUAGAGAUGAAGGUAGUCUUCAAAACACAACACUGUGAUCUGUUUUCUUUAUUUUCACAUAUUGCUUGUUUGUACUUCUUCAUGUCAAUUUUUUGGAUGUGACUUAGGGAAUUUUUCUUAGUGUUAUAUAUUUUAAAGUGCUUUAGUUUUGUUUGAACUUCUAUUUACAAUUAGUGAGUACUGUUACUGUACAUCGCCCACUUUCCUAUUUUAUUAGAAUGGUGGAGGAUGAAGACUCUUUUGUGCUGAAUGCUACUUUCUAGUCAUUUUCCAGACACGACUACACAAGUUAAUUAAUAAGGUGUUUUUAAACACUUUUCAAAGUUUGGAGAUGAAGAUAACUAUCUUUCUCACCUGACUAUAAGUGCUAAAGAGGUGCUGUUAAGGUUAAAUGAUAUAUACUCAUAUGUUACCUACCCCAAAAGUAAGGUGUUUAUGAAUUUAAAAAAUAUGCUGUUAUCUCAGUUGUGAGGAUAAAUUAGCUGUGCAAAACUAGAGCUGACCCAUGGAUUUAAAACCAGCUGUAGGGCUGGACAACCAGUUUACAACCUACUGUGCUUGUUUUAUGUAAUUGUUGACAUGUGAGGUAGUUAACAUUGCAUUUUCUAUUACUCUUGCACUCCCAUCAGGUAAUCAUGAAACACUAAAUCUUAUACUAAUGUAGACAAAAGCAGGAUUUGUACAAGUAUGUCUCAGUGUUGCAGGAAUUUUGAAAUAAAAACAUUUUGUGUGCAGUGAAUGGGAAACUGCAAAGCAGCAGGGAACCCCUGGUGCUGGCAUUGUCUAACAGCCAUUUUUUACAACUGUGCAGAGAAGUUUACGUGAUCCAGCAAAUAAUCAUUGCACAUAAACAUGAUUUUAUUUCAAAAUUGCUGCUACUUUCUGAAACUUCCUUGUACAUAUAGUAAACUCAAGUUAAUUUGCUGCAGUACCAAUUUGCUGCUGUUCUAAUACCCAGCUAGCACCAUUCUGCUCCCAGAUUUGUAUUCCCUAUAACUGGCUGCUACUGAAUAAUUUACUGUUGUUUGCAUUCCAUUUGGAGAGACAAGUUAACCAGAGCAUAAUGUAUUUAAUGCUCUGACAGUUAACAGGAAAAGACUGUGUGGACAUAAUGGGAAAACAGCAUUAUGUACCCUCAAGACAUAACUAUCAGGUCUGUCUGUCUGUCAUUGCUUAGGGAAUAAGGAUGUUGUCACUUCCCAUGACUGUCUGAAAUACAGAAUCCUCUUGACUUGGUAGACUUUACCCAAAACUACCUAAUAUUCAGGCCUUAUUAAAUGGUUAAAGCACUGAGAAGACCAUUAUAAAUGGAUUUUGUGUCAGUUUUUUCUUUGGAAUUGAUGCAUUCUACUAUUCAAUUUAUAGAUAGUAAUGAUUGUUAAAGCAAAGACUGGUUUAACAGUAUUUUGCCUAUUAAGAGAUUGGAUAGAGGCCAGCAGAUUGCACAAUGUCAAAAAUAAUAGAUAAGAUUACUAAGGAAAACUCUUAGAAGAAGUAAGGACAACUGGUAUACCAAUUAGAACACGACUUUAUCAGUACUUCAUUCCAUCAGUUGUAAAUGAUUAAAUCCAAAUGAACUGAAGAAACAAUUACUAGUUACCUCCACAGCGAUGUAAUUACUUAUCAGCUAAUAUAUUUGCUUGGUACAAAGAAAGCAUUAGUUUUCAUUAAAUAACAAAUUUUGAGGGCAAGGGAAUUAAAUUAGCCCUGUUCUGAAACAGCUGUUAAGUGUUUGGCUUUUUCCCACUGAAAUUUCAUGCAGGUAAAUUUUUAUGUACGUACUAAAUCUUAAAAAUGUGUUGAAUGCAGCAAGAGAGAAAUUAAUGUAAUUUGUCACUUAUAGUUACUCCAUUAAAUGUGGCAUUUUAUUUAUUCAAUAAGUGCAAAUGGGCAUAUUUAAAAAAAAUGUUAUUAACUUGUAACAUGUCAUAUUAAAUGUUGGCAUUCUUCCUGCCUAGUAACUAUAUGACUAAAUGCUACAGGCAUGUUUAAAAACAUCCAUUUGCGGAAAAUCUCUAGUUAAAGGAAGUAACUUCUGUAUAUAGUAAUUUUCAGAUGAGGAUUUUUGCCUUUGCCACAUAAUCUUUCUUAACUAGAAGUACCUUCCGUCAAGCAUGGUAAGGCCUCAUAAGGCUUUUAGAUCAUGUAACCCCUAUUUAGACAUUGUUUUUAGCUUUCCUGUGGCCUUUGUGUUGGAUCCACAAUGUUGGGGUGCAUUUCAGUUCAACCCAUAGCUUAAAUACCUACUGGAACUAAAGAAGUUAUACACUUCACAAGCACAAAACAUAAUGUUUGAUAUUGGUAUGAAUUUGAGAUUUUGUAUUUAAUUUUUUUAAAGUAUUUAAAGUACAGGCAUUGAAAUUUUGUAGGAGUUCAUUUGUAAAGGAAAAAAACUUUAAUAUACAGUACUGUAGCUUCGUGACAGACUUGUGUACUCUGUUGAAAUAAAAUUGUUAGAGAAAA